AUGGGAGAAAAAAAUGGGGAUGCAAAAACCUUCUGGAUGGAACUGGAGGAUGAUGGAAAAGUGGAUAUCAUAUUUGAGCAAGUGCAAAAUGUGCUGCAGUCACUGAAGCAGAAGAUCAAAAAUGGGUCUGCCACAAAUAAAGAGUACAUUCAAGCAAUGAUUUUAGUGAAUGAAGCAACUAUAAAUAACAAUUUAACAUUGAUAAAAGAUAAAUCUUUGACACAGAAUGAACAGGAAAACAAAUCAGCUUCAUUGCCAUCUACCUCAUGUGAAGAUUUUGUUCCAAAAGACUGUACAGUUCUAUCUAUAAAAAAUGAGGAAAUUACCCCUCUGGAAAAUAAAGCUGCAGACUUUAGAGAAAAAGAAUCAUCUUCGAAUGUAUCUUAUAAAAGUCAUGAAUGCUCUGGUACCUGUCUGAUGAAAAUGCUACUACCCUCCAAGGCAGAAAACCCUCUGCAUCUACCAAUUACGUGCCACUUCCAAAGGCGACACGCAAAGACAAAUUCUCAUUCUUCAGCACUCCACGUGAGUUAUAAAACCCCUUGUGGAAGGAGUCUACGAAACAUGGAGGAAGUUUUUCGUUACCUGCUUGAGACAGAGUGUAACUUUUUAUUUACAGAUAACUUCUCUUUUAAUACCUAUGUUCAGUUGACUCGGAAUUACCCAAAGCAAGAAGACAUUGUUUCUGUUCCUGAUAUUAGCAAUGGAGUGGAAUUGGUGCCCAUUUCUUUCUGUAAUGAAAUUGACAGUAGAAAGCUUCCAUACUUUAAGUACAGAAAGACUAUGUGGCCACGAGCAUAUUAUCUAAACAGCUUUUCCAACAUGUUUACUGAUUCAUGUGACUGUUCUGAGGGCUGCAUAGACAUAACAAAAUGUGCAUGUCUUCAAAUGACAGCAAGGAAUGCUGAGAUUUACUCCUUGACAAGAGAUAAAAUUGCCGUUGGAUAUAAAUAUAAAAGACUACAGAGACAUAUACCUACUGGCAUUUAUGAAUGCAGCCUGUUGUGCAAGUGUAAUCGACAGAUGUGUCAAAACCGAGUUGUUCAGCAUGGACUUCAAGUGAGGCUACAGGUGUUCAAAACUGAGAAGAAGGGAUGGGGAGUACGCUGCCUAGAUGACAUUGACAGAGGGACAUUUGUUUGCACUUACUCAGGAAGAUUACUAAGUAGAUCUAACACUGAGAAACAUGAUACUAUUGGUGAAAAUAGAAAAGAAGACAAUAUUAUUAAAAACGUGUUUUCAAAAAAGAGGAAAAUAGAAGUUGCAGAUUGUGAAGUUGAAGUUAUCCCUUUAAAAUUGGAAACACAUCCUAGAAGUGCUAAGACUGAAGAAUGUCCACCUAAUAAUCCAAAAGAGUCUGUUACAGAAAUGAAAUGUAACAAUAUUUCAAGAAUUCAGUAUCAUUCAGUCAUUAGAACUCCAGAAGCCAAGAGAGCCAUUAUUCAACCUGAUGGGAAAAAGAUGGGGUUUGCUUCCUCAGAAUCUAUCACCUUUGAAGAUAAUGAUGGAUUUAAACCAAACCAAGUACAUCUGAACUCUAAAGCCGAGGAAAUGAAAACAGACUCAAGCUCAAAUCAAGUUGAAGAUUCUGAAGACAAUUUGCUGAUUGAAUCAGACGUGAUAGAUAUAACUAAAGGUAGAGAAGAAACUUCACCAGGGGGCAUAUAUAACCAGGCAGCCACAUUGGAUUAUCAGAAUAUUAUGAAGAAGUUUGAGGAUCAAAUACUAAAGGCCCAAGAGGAAAACUCUCCAGCAUCUCAAAACCAGUAUGUUUUUUGUAAUAAAGAGUUGCCAGGUGAAACAAAGAAUAACACUUCAUGUGAAUCUUUAAAGUUCAGUAAAGGAAGUGUAUUUUUAUUGGAUGCCACAAAGGAAGGAAAUGUGGGCCGCUUUCUUAAUCAUAGUUGUUGCCCAAAUCUUUUGGUACAGAAUGUUUUUGUGGAAACACAUGACAGGAAUUUUCCAUUGGUGGCAUUCUUCACCAACAGGUAUGUGAAAGCAAGAACAGAAUUAACAUGGGAUUAUGGUUAUGAACCUGGAACUGUGCCAGAUAAAGAAAUCCUCUGUGAAUGUGGGUUUAAUAAGUGCAGGAAAAAAAUAAUAUAA